UCUUGAAUUAGAAACUGAUUGAAUGAAUAACCAUGAUUUGUACGGUAACAUCAACCGGACACUUGAACAUUGACGCAAAAAAUAUACUAUUGAACUUAUGUCAUUCAUUUAAAUAUCAUUAGUUUUAUAUUUUCAUUGACUGCUUGUGUGUGACAUAUAUUACAAUAUCGUACUAUUAUCAGUGCAUAUAAAAUAUAAGAGCAACAUUGUUUUUAAAACAUAUGAUAUGCAUUAUAUGACACGUUUCCGAUACUGGUGAUUUUGUACAGGAGAUCAGAGGGAUUUUGCUUAAUGUGUACUUAACUCUCAUAUACAUAGUUACCAUAUUUCAACUAUAUUAUAUAGCUCAAUAGGGAUAACUAGAAGUUUAUUCUAAAAAGUUAUUCUCACCCUAAUUUAUAAGACAAUUGUCAAGAGAAGAAAAUUCAAAAAAAUUGUGAUGGGACCAAAAAAAAUAUAACCCUUGAACCAAAUCCAAAUACAAUGAUCAGCUAAUGAUUAUAGCUAAUGAUAUAUGUUGUAUAAAUUCAUAUUUGAAAUCGAUUGUAUGAUUUGUUUUGACCACAUAUCACCUGUACAUGCAAAUCCAUGUGGUUGAUGAAUUUACACGACCAGCCGAAAAACAAAACAAACUUCUUGUAAUUUCCAACUAAAUCUCCACCACUAUCUAGGAGCUUCAUUCACAUUCCACCCUGUCAUUUUUUCCCAUAAAUACGUUGCAUAACCUCACUUGGUUCUCUUAUAUUUCUCAAGCUAAAUAAUCACUUUAAAAAAAAGUAAAAGGAUGUUAGAAGGGAAAGCAGUGAUGGGUGAGACAGAUAUGAAGCAAACAAUGAAGGAAGAUGCUCUUAGUUUGGCUGCCAAAGCCCUUGAUUGCUUUGAUGUCACCGAACCCACUCAAAUCGCCCGUUUCAUCAAGAAGGAAUUUGAUAGAAAAUACGGAUUGGGGUGGCAGUGUAUUGCGGGGACGCAUUUCGGAUCGUUCUUGACUCAUUGUAGUGGCUGCUUCAUCCAUUUCUCCGUUGGCAACCUUACCAUUUUACUCUUUAAGGGAUCAGCUGGUGAAGUAGCGUCCGGACCAACAGUCUAACCAGUUCAGACAUAUUGUGAUAAUAAUCAAGUCUAUAUUUGGAUCUAUUUAGUGUUAAAUCAAAAUGCAUUCUAGCAUUUUCAGUCAUUUUCAAUCGUUGUUCCGGUUUGUACUUAACAUUUUUCUGUUUGCUUUUGGAGUAAGAAAGAAAAAGAAGAAAAAAUGUUGAAACUAGUCUUUGCAUUGUGAUUUUGAUUUUGUAAGUUUUGCACAUAAGUUCAAAAGCAGACUGGAUUGUGAUUACUA